CUAGCAAGUUGGAUUGUAAUCAUGAAGAAUUGGGUAUACGUUGUACUUUCUUUAUCUCUGGUAAUUAAGACAGUCGAGAUAAACUUAACUGCUUCUCUCCAGAAACUGUCAACACCAUGGUUUCAUGGUUAAAAUGGUAUUGGAGAAUGAAUGGUCAUUAUCAUGAAGUCUAGACCUUUCUUCUUAGGUUCUGUUCUCAGUCUAUAAUAAUGGCUCCAUCUAUGGUUUUCAAGCUGUAAGAAGUAAGAACUAAAGUUAUCAAUCAACUAGUCCUUUGUCAUCAGUCCACAAAUAAGCCUAGAAGCUCUAUAAGGAGAUGGAUGAAGCAAACCACUUGAAUACAUGGGAAGGUUAUGUAGAUUGGAGGAACAGACCUGCCAAAAGAGGCCGUCAUGGUGGAAUGCUUGCUGCUUCAUUUGUCUUAGUGGUGGAGAUAUUGGAAAACCUGGCUUACCUGGCCAAUGCAAGCAACCUUGUGCUAUACUUGUCGAAAUUCAUGCAUGUCUCUCCAUCUACUUCUGCCAACAUUGUCACCAAUUUCAUGGGCACAGCCUUCCUACUUGCUCUCCUUGGUGGCUUUUUAGCAGAUGCUUUCUUCACCACUUACUACAUCUAUUUGAUAAGUUCUGCAAUAGAAUUCACAGGUUUACUGGUACUCACAAUCCAAGCUCAUUUACCAUCACUGAAGCCACCAACCUGCGCUUCAAUGAGCACCGACAAUCCAUGCAAGGAAGUUAAUGGUGGCAAAACAGUGAUGUUAUUCACAGGCCUGUAUCUGGUGGCACUUGGAGUUGGAGGAAUAAAAGGCUCUCUUCCGCCACACGGAGCGGAACAGUUUGAUGAGACCACCCCACAAGGAAGGAAGCAGAGAUCUUCAUUCUUCAACUACUAUGUGUUCUGUCUCUCUUGUGGGGCACUUGUUGCAGUAACUUUCGUGGUGUGGAUCGAAGACAACAAAGGCUGGCAAUGGGGUUUUGGGAUUGCGACUGCAACAAUUCUGCUCUCCAUCCCACUCUUUCUCCUAGGCUCUCCUACAUAUCGGACCAAAGUUCCUGCAGGAAGUCCGAUCACGACCAUGUUUAAGGUUUUGGCUGCAGCAAUGUGCAAUAACUUCAAAGCUAGAAGUCUUAGCACUGCAGUCACCACAGUCCCAUCUCAUACACAUGAAUCCAGUGAGGGAGAAACUAAUAGAGCUAAAGAAAAAGGGUCAAAUCAAGCUCUAACAGAAAGCCUCAAAUUCCUUAACAAAGCAGUGACUAUGAAACCUGUCCACCCAAUGUUACAAUGCACUGCAAAACAACUAGAGGACGUCAAAAUAGUCCUAAGAAUCCUCCCAAUCCUUAUGUCCACCAUAAUGCUAAACUGCUGCCUUGCUCAGCUCUCCACAUUCUCAGUGCAACAAGCAGCCACUAUGAACACCAGCCUCGGAUCCCUCAAAGUCCCACCGGCCUCUCUCCCUGUCUUCCCCGUCCUCUUCAUCAUGAUCCUCGCACCGCUCUACAACCAAGUCAUUGUCCCCUUUGCAAGAAAAGUAACCCACACCGAAAUGGGAAUCACUCACCUACAGAGAAUUGGAAUAGGACUAAUGUUCUCCAUUGUAGCCAUGGCAGUAGCUGCCUUGGUCGAAAUCAAGAGAAAAAACGUCGCAGCCAAACAUGGCUUGCUCAACUCUACCCGGCCAUUACCCAUCACGUUUCUUUGGGUGGCAAUGCAGUACUUGUUUCUCGGCUCGGCUGAUCUCUUCACAUUGGCCGGAAUGAUGGAGUUUUUCUUCACUGAAGCUCCACUAAGCAUGCGGUCUCUGGCCACAGCUCUGUCUUGGGCAUCCUUGGCCAUGGGAUACUACCUCAGCUCAGUGCUUGUGAACAUUGUCAAUGGUAUCACUGGGGCAUAUAGAAGUAGACCUUGGCUGGUUGGUACCAACUUGAACAUGUAUCACCUUGAGAGGUUUUACUGGUUGAUGUGUGUUUUGAGUGGGGUCAAUUUCUUGUACUAUCUCUUAUGGGCCAGCCGCUACAAAUACAGAUCAACAGGGCUUGAUGAUGAUGAUUUUGAUUUGGCGGAACAUGAACAUCCAACUCCGAAGGAUUAAUUAGAGGACAGCUCGUCCCUGUCCCAAGUGUUCAUUCAAUCCUAUAUAGGCUGAUUUUAACACAGCCAUGAUUGCUCAUUUCAAUCCCAUAUGUAUAAUAUGAGAUGGUUAUGCAUACCACCUUGUCUAGAAUUGAAAUUCAGAUUUAUCUUUCUCUUGGAGCCGAGAUUAUAUCCCCUUUAAGUAAGCCGUUUAUCUGACGGGUAAGGUAUGGCUGUAUGGGUAUUAUUCGCGGAAUUCAUUAUCAAGUACAAGUUAAUUUUUGCAUUGCAUUCUGCAUUUAGAAUCGGAGCUACCAAAAUUUAGUUAAAUUAUUUGAGUGGUUAAAGUUUUUGUAUGGUGCACUCACAACCACGUUUCCAAACAUAAUUAAACGAUUUUUACUCUUAACUCCAUCACUGAAAAAAUUAAUGUAAAACUACAUUUGAUAUUGAAAAAACCAAAGAUCAUACUAGCAGAAGAACAAAUUCUAUGGAUAGAACAUAAUCACUAAUGAACCUAAAAAUGGUCAAUUUACACAUUAAUUCACUGUGUAGUUUGUAAGAUGGAUAUAUUAUUCAUCCUCUAAUAUAGGGAAAAAAAAAAAACUGAAAACACAAAAAGAUUA